UUAAAGAUGGUAGAGGAGGAGGUUAACUAUGCGUCAGUGGUAUUCAAAUCUAACAAACAACCUGGAUCAGAAGUUAAAAAGUGGGAGGAAACCGUGUAUGAUGAAGUGAAGGUGCAAAACAGAGCAACAGAACAACCUUCUGAUGCAAAUGACAAGAAUUCAGACAGCAGAUGUCCCCACUAUCAGCUUCUGGCCUGCUGUUUGGGCACACUUAGUCUUAUUUUGGUGGUGGGCAUCAUAGCAGCCAGUGUUUACUGUAAGUACAACAAACUCAUCUCUGACAAUGAAGCCUUGAAGAGGAACCAAACCGAGCUAAGACUCCAGAUUCACAACCUGACACAAGCCUCCACUGUCCUAGAAAAACAUGUGAUAAACCUGACUGCAGAAAAAACGAACCUUACACAGAAAAAUGAGGAGUUGGAGGCAGAGAAGAAAAACCGAACAGAGCAAAUACACCACAUGAAGACAUCAUGGAAUGAGCUCAAUGUUAGUCGAGCUCAGUGGAGCAUUGAUGCCUACUGUCCCAAAGAAAAUUACAACAGACAGUGUCAGCCUUGUCAGAAGGGCUGGUUGGCCUUCCAGUCCAGCUGCUAUGCAAUUAAUGAUGCGAAAACUCCUGAGCAGAAAACCUGGGAAGAAGCUCGAGAAAACUGCAGAGGAAAGAUUUCAGAUUUGGUUGUUGUAAUUGAUGCAGCAGAAAAGAAAAAUGUCAUUGACAACAGCUGGGAGAGUUCAAGAAACAAAGGAUACUGGAUUGGUCUGAGAGCUGAAGGUGGGAAAUGGAAGUGGGUGGAUGGAAGUGAUCUGACUGAUGACUCCUGGAUCCAACAGCCUCCUUCUGAUGGUCUCUGUGCAAUUUCUGUCCAAAACCAAGGAUUUGAAUCAGUGAGCUGUGGUGAGAAGAACCGAUGGAUCUGCAAAAAGAAUGCUGUAUCUGUUUGA